CCAAAAAUCAAGAACGAGGGGUAUAUAUAUAUUUUUCUUUCGUUACAGAUAUAAAAAUGGUGUCUUUGGAUGAUUAUCGGUUUUUAGAGAGCUUUAAAAGGAAACGUAUCCGGCUCACAACCAAAUGUGGCACGUUUGUCGGCGUUGUGCAGCGCAUUAAUCUGAACAAAACGAUCGUAUUAGAGGACGUGGUCGAGGAUCAGAACGGCAGCCGGUUUGCCGGAGCUAAACUCUUCUUCGGACAUGAAAUCGUGAAUGUUGAGUUCGCUUCCUCAUCUAACAAAGAUGUCCUGGGAAACGAGGAUCAUGACAAGGUGGGCCAGCUGAGCCUGGCUGAGUUUCAGCCCUACAGAAAUACGCUGUUAGGUGAUGGAGAUGAUGAUGGUGAGAAAGAGCAGUUUGUGAACUACGUGGUUGUAGAUGAGCUCCAUGAGAAGUUUGGUCCUGCAAUCAUGCACAUCCGGAAGCAGAAGGUGAUCGGGCUUGGACUGGAUGGAGUGGGUGUUUUCCAGAGCGAGAGGCUCUGCUGGCUUCAGGUGGCUGUAAAAAACAAGGUGUACCUCUUUGACAUCUUGUUGCUUGGAGCUCGAGCUUUUAGAAAUGGUUUAUCUAACAUUCUGGAGAGCACAGACAUCCUAAAGGUCAUGCAUGACUGCCGGAGGAUCUCCUGGUGUCUGAUGUUGCAGUUUGGCGUGAACCUGUCGAACGUGUUUGACACGCAGGUCGCAGAUGUGAUGCAGUUUUACGCAGAGACCGGGGGCUUCCUGCCCACACGGGUGAGCACGCUCCAAGAGGUCAUUAGCCUUCACUUAAAAAUACCUUUAUCCCGUCUGUCCUCUUUGAGAAUCAAAGAUCAGCUCUGUAUGGAAAACAAAGAAGUGUGGUAUGUCCGUCCUUGUCCAGCUCCACUUCUAAGAGUAAUGGCUUUGUCUGUGAUCCACCUGCAGCCUCUUCGUCUUACGCUUCUGGAUGCCCUGAUGUCUGACUACACCAGUCUGGUAGACUCCUGUCUGAAGACUGGCCAGGAAAAUCCUGUUCGCAUGGAAGACAUUGGCAAGACUGACAUGGAGCUCCCUCAGGAGUUGCGUGAGAUUGAGGUGAUCAAAUGUAAGAGACAGAAAUGGGCUGUGGACCAAUAUAACCUCACAGAGGAUGGACUUCUGGACCGCUUCAGCAUCAAACCGACUUCAGAGCCAGACUUAGAGAUUCAGGAACAGCCUGAGAUGCUGGAUUCUAGCAUAGUUGCUGGAAAAACUCCAGCAGAUCCAAAUCCUGCUGUAACGUCAACAAUAGGAAGAGGAAGUGUGCCAGGUGAAGAGACCACUACGAUGCCAAGUUUAGGGCGGGGACUUGCACUUCCUGCCCCAGACGUACCCUUCAGAGAAAGUGCACUACUCCAGAAGAGCCCUGCAGAAGCAGGACCUGUCUCCAUCAUGCGAGGCGUAGCUCAAAAUGGGAUGUGUUCACUGCCAGUCAUGGGGAGAGGACUCUUUAACAAAUCGUUGUAGUCCCAAAUCAGCAAGGACAUGAAGGAGGAAUAAAAAGCUAUAUGCAUUGUACCUACAUGUCAUAAUCCCAUCUGAUGUUCCCUCAGCUGGCUCAACGAAGUUGUUUGUUCACUCGUAGUUAUCUCAGAUAAGGGGCGUGGCCUAGAUUUGACAUCAUAGCUAUACGUUAGAAGUUAUUUGUGUACAAGAAUAUGAUUUGUGUGAUUAUUUACACAUGCACUAUGCUAAACUAGUGGCUUAGUUCUAGUUAGAUUGUAAAAAAGAGCAGUAUUGAAGAUUGAUUUUUGGUCUAAAUGCACAUUUAAGCAUGUUACUUUCGACUGUGAUUAAGAAUAAUGGCAGAAAUAAUUUAGUUUUGUUUAAUUUCAUGCAUCUGCCUUGUUGCCUCUGCUGUUUUAUUUUAGCUCAAGGACAUUUCAAUUUGAAUUUCAGGCUGAAGUUUUUUCUUAUUUCUGACUGAGCUGCAGUACCGCUGUUGUGUUAGAAGGGGGCAGUGUUGUUUACAGAAUAAAAAAAAAAAAUUGGUUCAAAAGCUGAGUUUAAUCCGUUUAGUUAACGAGUAGCUGAUUAAUAAUUAGUGUUAAAUGUCCCUGUAGCUCUCUGAGGGCGAUACUAAUGCAGCAGGAAUGUUGUAAUGCCCCUGUUUUCAUUACUGUAUCUCAUUACAAUAAAUGUUCAGUGUCGUGUUUAA